AUCCCGCCAACACUAAAGAACCGACCUCGCCUGCCAUCACCCCCAGCAGCUGUUGUUUGAGAACUGAGAUGCUUGCAUACACCACCUCACCGUCUCUGGCUGGCAAGAUUAAGGAACGUACCACAAGCUCACUAUACCCGCUGACUCCUCGCGCCUAAUCAGACUGCAAUCAAUCGAUCAUCUAUCUGCUUCAGCAGCAUCCGACUGACCGGCACUGCUCGUGGGCCUCCGGUAGACGUUGCUCACUGCUCACCACUUGCCAGUGCUGGGAAACACACCUAAUCGUCGUGAGCGCACUACCAUUAGUUCAGACAAGAACCCUGUCCAGCCUCCUCGAGCCUCGAACGCCUUUCAGCAGGGUCCGGCUUGGUGCAAGUCCCUCCCAGCUCUGGUGGUUGUUGUUGAAGUACCUGGCAGCCUGGCAGCCUGGUUGUCAGCCACAGUUCUUUGCUUGGCCUCUACUAACCUUCCCUCGCAAAAAAGUCCACCUGCCUACACCCAGUCACAUCGGUCCGUCCAAUCCGCGGAACCCUUCCUUACGGGCUGUACACUACUGGCUAGGCAUCUCUUGUGCAAGUGCCCGGCAUUCUUUAACCGCCCAUCCUGGACAACUGGAUCUAAGUGCAACAACGCCGAAGCAGAAACCCUUUCAGUGCAGCGCUCUCCAUUGGCAUUGAUCGGUCUUUACGUUCAGAAGGGGCGUCGGAGUCCAGUCAUUGUCGUGGAUGACCGGUGGCUAUCUAUCAUUGUCGCGAGAUUGUGCUCCGAGCCGACAGCAUCAGAUUGACGGCAAGCAAGCGCGUUCUAGACGAGCCAAGGCGUAAAGUCGAUCUCGCAAAUGCUUCAAGAACGAUAUCGGGUGCCUUUAUCGCCGCCAACUUCUCCGCGUAUGUCGGACGCAGCAACGAAGCCUAGCGAUCAAACUUACCAGCAGGUGCCGCAACGGCCCUACGAACGGCUCAGUAAUGUGCAGGAGCUCGAUCACUCCUACGCUUACGGUCAGGCACCGUCUUCGCUGCCGCCGCCGCGAGCGCAAGAUCCUCAUGACAGUGGCUCGAUCCCAUCACAGAACUUCUCGCAGCAACGACCGAUUGGACCAGAUCAGCAGCAUGGGCCUCCCAACGUCGGUCAUGUCUCUUACCGCGGAUCCGCUCCAACGAGCCCAGGCGACCGAUUGACUCCUCGAUCUCCCGCGUCUAAUACGCGAGAUCAGAUCGAGGACGAUGAUGACUUGGUCGAGUACGGCGGAGACGAUCACGAAGAAGACGACGAUAGUGAGAAGCCACCGAUGACUGCUGCAGAAUUGCGUGCACACAAGCGGAAGAUGAAGCGAUUUCGACUUACUCAUAACCAGACGAGAUUCCUGAUGAGUGAAUUUGCGCGUCAGGCGCAUCCAGAUGCAGUGCACCGUGAACGUCUGUCGAGAGAGAUUCCUGGUCUCAGCGCCAGGCAAGUACAGGUCUGGUUCCAGAACCGUCGAGCAAAGCUCAAAAGGCUCACGAAUGACGAUCGAGACCGGAUGCUGCGAUCAAGAGCGCUGCCAGCAGACUUCGAUACCACGCAAGCACUGCACUCUCCUUUCGGAGCGCAACCUCCAUCGAUGGGAACCUCCAUGUCCGCAGUGGGGACAUACGGGUACGGCGACAACGGCGGGAUCCGACCGCUGACUCUCGACACCAUGCGACGCGUGCCCGAGUACGAACAGUACACUCAGCAGUAUGGCAGCCCAACAGGCGUCAGUCCCGCUUUGAACACUUUCGGCUUCACUCCGCCCCACUCCGCUUCUGAACACAUAUCGCCGGGUUCCGUGGCGAGCAGCAUGUCUCCUUACGUGUUACAGCACUCGGGACCGUACGAUAGCUCGAGGCGGCCACCUGUCGGUCUUCCCACGGUCAGCAACACAUCGUACCCAUUGCAAUCGCAAGCCAAUCACCGUAUGCCCAUGCACGAGCGUCUGGGACGCACCAUGGGUGAGUCCAUGGGCUCUCCUCUCCGCUCGAGUGUCUCCUACGCAAGCCUGUCAGGGGCAAGCGCGCAGCCUCGUCAUAUUCCCGAACGAGCAUCAUCCUUCUCAGACCAAACCUACAAUCAACAGCGGCCUCCCCUACAGAACACGAGUAGCCCUAGUGCCGGUGAUACAGGGCCGUAUGGCCUAGGCUUCUCAUACUCUCAAGUGCCCUCUUACCAACAGAACGAGCAACAGCCUCAGCAGCCCAUAGCAAGCCUUCCUCAACCGACAGAAUCUCAGCAGUAUCAGAGACAGACUCCUUCGAUGUACGCACAAUACCCCCCUUCGAGCCUUCCAGGACAACACUCGCAGUACCCGGGCUAUGGUUCGCAGUAUCCCGAUUAUCAGAACACAUACACACAGCACGGGCAAGUCACGGAGCCAGUAUCUCAGGCAACGCCCCGACAACACAGCUACCAAGCUGUCGCGGGCGCGCCGCAGCCAUACAUGCAAGUCGGUGGUGCGAACGGCCAUCGAGUCACCGACAGCGAGAUGCCUCCAUCUUAUUGAGUGAGAGAGAGACGCACAGCGUACAUCACGAGCGGGUAGGAGCUUUUAUCUGUCGAAAGAUUUCUGCACGGGAGGCAGCUGCUUCUUCUAAUGUCGAACGCGACACGACACGACAUGACACUUCGACAAGUCCAGGCGAUCAGAAACUCGUUCCACACGGUCACAAUGAAUGAAAAAAGUGUAAACUCCAGAUAGCGACAAACCGAUUCUCCCCCUAUACGCGCGCGCCCUCGAGAACCAGUUCAACCCUUCAAAGGCAGGCCUUUUUUUGUUACUUCUCUGGCCACACAUAUUUCAACCUCCAAGAGAACUCAGCAUCGAUACAGAGAGAGAGAGCGCGCGCGAGAGACCGAGCGAGAGAGCGAGAGCGAGAGAGAGAGAAAGCCAGCCCCAUUGUUUAUUUCUAUGCUGAGCCGUGCUGUGCAUAUGUGUGUGUGUGUGUACCUGGGCAGCCCGCACUUUUUCUUCAUUUUGAGAAAAAAAAUCCAAAGUUUUUUGGUUGGUUGGUUGCUUGCGCAUACCCCCCCGUCUUUUCUCUUCCUCCUUGCCACACAUAUAUACAUGAUACAAAAAAUGUAUAUAUUGGGAAAACAAGGGCUUCAGUUUUUAUUUUUCAACUAUCUACCCAGGGUUGGUAGGGUAGGGUAGGAUAGGAUAGGGUUGGGCUGCGGUCGAGGGGGGAAUUAUAAGUUACCUAUCUAUAUAGCAUAGCUUAACUAACUUUUUAUGUUGACUAU